AUGCAAGGUUUAUUGUAGCCAUGUCAGUAAAGCCUUUUGGUUCGAUCACCAACAGAAGGAUCUUUAAAGAGUUACAGUAGAUAUGAGAGCAAGGGGAAGAAAAGAGUGGUAUACAAAAACAAAAAGGGGGAAAUAGUAGAACCUAAUGAAAAGUUGGUUAGAUCUCAACAUAUAGGACAAUGUCAAGGUGGUAAUACAGUAUACUCUCGAACAACAACACCUACUCCUUCAGAUAGUGUAAAAACAUAGACGAAUUCUAUAUUGGAUUUGUUACCAUUAGAUGACCCAAUUUGGUUAGAGUUGAUUCCUUUAGAAAUUUAAUAAGAUGAAAACUUCAACUUGGAGAGGUUGAUAAUGGAUAAUUAAGAGUAUUUUGUAAAUUUGAUUGGUUUGUACAUGUAAGAGAGAUAACAGAAUAGAAUGUAAGAGAUAAAAGUGUCUUUACCUUAGAAGAAAUAGACAACAUAUGAAUAAGUAUACAAGAAAGUAAAAGGAGUUGAUAAAUCAAAUUUUAAUAUAAAGAUGUAUGACUAGAUUCCAGUUGGUUAAUCUCUUCAGUUACAAACGCAAUAUGAAGUAUGGAGUUCUAAAUAUAAGUAGAAUUCUUAUCGUACACCAAAGAUUCAAUAGUAGGAGAACUACAAGCCUGGUUAUACAAAGGAUAAUGCUGAGAUGUUGACUCUGACUAGUUAUAAAUAGAAUUAUAUGAAUUGGAAACCAUGUCUGACAGAAAGAGUUGGACCUUAAAGAGGAUAGAGUACUGGUGCAUUGCCAUUUAUAGGGAAGACAUCGUAUUAAGAGAAUUAUAAAGUAAAUAAUUGUGAACCAAUGGAAUCAGCUAAGAAGAGAUCAUUGUAAUCAAUAUAUAUAUUUAAAGAGGUCCUUUUGCAUCUGGAAGUUCAAUGAUUUUUAAAGAAGCUUUAUCUAAGAUUCACUAUCCAAGUUAUUAAAUUGAAGAAUAAGCACCUCGAAAAUAAAAUAGUAAUCAUUAAUAAGGUUAUGGGAGUUAUGAUGGACAAUUUAAAACGACUUUUAAAAAGUAAAAUAAUUAAAUAUAUAUUUAUAGUUCAUUUGCUAAGAAAGUACCAGAUCCAAUUUUAUAAGAUAGAUAUUGGAAAUAGAAAUUGAUACAGAAGAUAUUGGAGAAGAAAUAAAAUUGA